CUUUUUCUGGCUCGUCUCUUUUUUUUCCCAGUCCCGUCGCUCCUCCUGUCCUCAAUCCGUCGCACCACAUCCGGGCGCCAUGGCAGGGCCGAGUCGCGGGUCGAGCGCUCCCGCCAGGAACCUCUUCCCUCCUCAAGAGCUUCUCGACGAUCUCUGCAGUCGAUUUGUACUGAAUGUUCCGAAAGAAGAUCUGGAGUCGUUCGAGAGGAUCUUAUUUCUACUGGAGCAAGCGCAUUGGUUCUACGAGGAUAAUUCGGUUGAACAAAAUCCGUCGCUCAAGUCCCUCUCCUUCAAAGAGUUUACAUCUUUGAUGUUUAAUAGUUGUUCUACUCUAAGGCCUUAUAUUGCACAUAUCGAUGAUAUAUACAAGGAUUUCACAUAUUACAAGUUCCGAGUCCCUGUAUCUGGUGCGAUUAUACUGGAUGAAUCUUAUGAAAGGUGUUUGCUUGUCAAAGGCUGGAAGGCCGGAGCAAGCUGGAGUUUUCCGCGUGGCAAACGGAGCAAAGAUGAGGAAGAUCAUACUUGUGCUGUUCGAGAGGUUUUGGAGGAAACGGGAUUCGAUGUUUCCAAACUUCUGAAAAUGGAUGACUAUAUAGAAGUUGUAAUUGGACAACAAAGGGUCCGACUCUACAUUAUAACUGGGGUUAAAGAUGAUACUGCUUUUGCUCCUUUAACGAAAAAGGAGAUCAGUGAAAUCUCAUGGCACAGGAUCGAUGACCUUCAGCCAGCUGGUGAUGAUGCAAUAUCACGUGGAGUGAAUGGCUUAAAGCUAUACAUGGUUGCUCCAUUUCUAACAGCUUUAAAAGCAUGGAUUGCAGCACAUCAUCCCACACUGGUUCAGAAGUUAGAUUCUUCUGUCAGAGGCACAUCAGAGUCGAAGGCGAAGAAUUCAUUGGGAGGUGCAGUACUUUCAGAGAAUUCAUUGGUAGGAAUGGGAUCUGAACCUCGAAACGACGACACUGGUCCUGGUAAAAGCUUCAGAAACUUCAGGUUUGAUGUAGCCAGCAUCUUACAGUCCGUGGAACAUGUCUUCUCUGCCAUUUAACAUUGCAUGUUGCAAUAUGUUUUUUUUGAUGUAGACUAGGGCUUGACUAUAAUACUGUGUCUGUUAGUAUGUAAGUGUGAUCAUAAAAGAGGAUUUUAUGGUGUUAGAAAUCCCUCCCUCCCUCUCUCUCAAUUUACUGCAUGUUCAGACUUCA